UCACAAAAAAGAUGGCAAUGUAUGACUCUGAUUACUAUGCGGCAGACUCACUGGAGUGUAGAAAUGCUAAAUCUGUGAUUUAUGAGACUGGGAGGAACAAGGAAUCAAUUGAGGAGUGGUUAGAGAAAAAUAAACCCUCUCUGAUUCACAGAGAUGAUGGAUUUGGUUGGAUUCGUGUCGUCCGUUCAGAAAAAUCAAAAUAUGAAAAUGACUCGGAUGAAAUGGACGUUUUAGGAUUAAAAGAGGCAUGGGAAAACCUGAAAGCAUCGGCAAGAGAUAUAAGUAAAGACAAAAUUUUUGAAUUAGGAAACAAUUUUAGAGUUACUGCUGGUAAAUGGAUGUUCUUCGUGUCAACUGGAGGAAAGGGAGAUUACUUGUGGUCCUUAGUUGCCAAAGGUAUUGUAAAUGGGAAUACUCUGGCUAGGAAGGCCAAAAUCAGUGCUUCUACACUGGGUAGAGAGUGUCCUUAUGCAAAUGUACAUGUAGUGUGCAUCAAAAAUGACAAUUUUUGCGACGAAGACCAAGUAUAUGAAAGUGAAAGAACUAUAAGAAGCCUGGGAAUCAAAUGUCAGCUUCAGUACAAACCAGAUAUCUUCACCCGCCUAGAAGUGUACAAGAACAACAUUUGGAAUCUCAGACCUACGAUUUACAUUAGCAACUUUGAUGUCAUUUCUAAUGCCACCAUUAUUAAAGAAGUAUGGUAGAUUUUGGAAAUUGAAAGUGGACCCAUGAAUAAUUAUUUUAC